CACAGCAGAGACGCUUCAGUUUCACAGACGUGACAAGGAUGAGACGCGUUCGCUGGCGGUUGGACUGCGGCUCCAGUGAUGAAGAGGAGGGAGCAGAAGGUCUGGACUACAGCGACCCGAACCGCGAACCCUGUGAGAGCUGCAGAGUCUCAGAAGAAGCGGAACCGUUUCUGCUCUCCCCAAAAACACCAUGUGUGACGGAGCGCACGCCCACCAAACUGUGCCGAACUCCUGUCACUCUCAGCCAGAGACCACCAGGCUUUCCUGCACUGCACUGUCCCACCCCCCUCAGGAGCUUAAGAGAAAUGAGACCGCAAAAGUCUGCAAGGUCAUCGUCUAGCCGGCGCCUUGUGUUUGAACUCCAGUCUGAGAGAGAUGGCCUUCAAACUUCAGUCACUUCAGCUCAUCCACCUAAAUCAAAGCUGAAGAGGAGACAAGCUCCACUCAUCAAUAUAAACCCAUUCACCCCCAACUCACUGCUCGUCCAGAAGGAGACCUCAAAGAGGAACAACUGCAAGAGAGUCUACGGGAAUGACUUAAGUGAGGACUCUAGUGAAGCAGAAUUUGAAGAUGAAUUCAUUCUUCCAUUAAAGAGAAAGACUACUGUUGGGUGUCACUUGUCUCGCUAUGCAUCUGAAUUCCAUGAGCUGGAGCAGAUUGGCUCUGGAGAGUUUGGAACCGUGUUUAAGUGUGUGAAAAGACUUGACGGGUGUAUCUACGCCAUCAAGCGCUCCAAGAAACGCUUGGCAGGUUCUGUGGAAGAGCAGGCUGCUUUGCGAGAGGUGUAUGCUCAUGCAGUGUUGGGACAGCACCCCCAUGUGGUGAGAUAUUAUUCUGCAUGGUCAGAGGAUGAGCACAUGCUGAUACAGAAUGAGUUCUGUAAUGGUGGCACACUCUCAGACCUCAUCACAGAGAACGAGAGAAGGCUAAAACUUCUCUCUGAAGUUCGUCUGAAAGAUCUGCUUCUGCAAGUCUCCCGGGGUCUGAAGUACAUCCAUUCUGCUUCCCUUGUUCAUAUGGAUAUCAAACCAAGUAGUAUAUUUAUAUCUCGAAGAACAGUGGUCCAUGACAUACAUGUGGAUGGUGAUGGAACAGAUGCAGACGUUAUAUACAAAAUAGGGGAUCUUGGUCAUGUAACGCAUGCAAGCAGUCCAAGAGUGGAAGAGGGUGACACCAGCUUUUUAGCAAAUGAGAUCUUGCAGGAGGAUUAUGGGAAUCUACCCAAGGCAGACAUUUUUGCCCUGGCACUCACAGUGGUGAGUGCCUCGGGGGUCAAAGCACUGCCGAAAAAUGGGGAAGUGUGGCACACUAUAUGCAGAGGGCAGCUCCCCUACAUACCUCAAGUGCUUUCACCAGAGUUUCAACAUUUGCUGAAGCUGAUGAUACAUCCUGAUCCAGCCUGCAGACCAUCGGCAUCAGCCCUCACCAAACACCGUGUUCUAUUAUUCACCUCCAAACUGAGCAUAGACUCACUGCAGGAGCAGCUGAAAGCGGAGAAAUUCAAAAAUGCACUUUUGCUGAAGGAGCUGAAGGAAGUCCAGCUGGCCACAGCAGCUGCACAGGAGAACGCCCAUAAUGCUGCUUCUUGCACCACUGGACGCAGCUGCAACAGACUGUCCACACAUGCUGGGAAAAAGAUGACCCGCUCACUCAGCUUAACCAUGUUUUGAUGCUCAGUUCUACUUUUUGUCUAUGCUGCUGGACUUCGAGAAGGUGUGAAAUAUUCACGAGACCACUUAGCAGUACACUGUGAAACACUGGGGUAACACCUCAGGCUGUCUGCCAGAACAGCUGCAACUUGCUGAACCAUGGAGAGAGUUAACCACAACACACAUCAAAGCUGGCUUUUAAAACAUCACUUUCUGUUCAGAACCAAUAAGUAUGCACAGUUUUGUAAUUGUGAACUAAAGUAAUCUAUGCAGUAUAGGUUGGAAGCUUGAAUAAUUAACAUGCAGAAAACUUCAAUAAACCUCUCAGUGGCUGUGAGACAUGCAAAGAUUUUUGCCAGUCCGACUGAAUACAUUCCGAAUACAUAGAUAGAAGUGUUUAUGCCCACCCUAUUAAACAGUCUGAUGGCAUUUUUUACAUGCGCACUACAAAUAAUCCGAUCCAAAAUGACACAAAUGCGUGGAGAACCACUUAGUGUGGGCGUUAGCUUGACAGCGAACAUCACGCGAGGUCCAGUCAGAGUGAGAUGAGCAGCAGUGAGCAGUGCUUGUGUUUUUAAUUACUUUAAAAUCAUGUCAGACUCAGUAAAACUUCCUUCUCAUGUCCUUUUUAAAGAAGGCCGAGAGGAAGACGUCAUGUUCUGAGACACAUAAGAUGGACAUCUGUCCCACCGCCGUCGUUUAAAGAUCAGAGCAUAAACUUUGUCUCUGCAGAUCAGUUUCUGCUCCACCAUGUUGAACUUUAUAAACUUUCACUAUGACGCAAUGCAGAAUGCGCAGAAUGUACUUCCGUGUUCCAAUAGAGAAUAUAAUUGGGUACAGGCGUUUACGUGGAAAUUGUUCUUCCAUUUAUCAGAUUAUUUACAGGAUUACCCACCUCGUUCAAGCGCAUAGAAAUUGUAUUCCGAAUGGCCUCAAUCAGACUAUUCAGACUGAGGUGUUUACAUGGACGUAUUCUAUUCCGAUUGAGCUAUUAAUCGGAUUAUUAACAGAUUAUUAAGAUGCAUGUAAACAUGGCUACUGUGGCUUUGUUGUUAAUGUACUUGGCCUAGCUGUUUAUGCUGUCUCUUAGAAGCUGUUAUUUAAUUAGUUUAGUUUAUUUAUUUAGUUUUAAACAUUUCAUUUGGAUUUGAAUGGAAUAUUUGAAAGGCAUUUACACCUUUUGAGGUGUGCUUCGUUGGCUAAAACAUCUUCAUAUUUAACAUGGAACAUUACUAAUUCUUACUGUUAAUGUGUAAGUUUUUUUUCUUGAAGAAUUACAUUCAUAUAAUUAUAUAAUUUUAGAUAUGUAUUAUCUAGUUUCAUUACAUAGCCUGUAAAGGAUGGGCACUACAGAACAAAGAAGGGCAGUGAAACCACUUUGAAGGCAGUGAUACAGUUGCUGUACAAUGUUCUGCUGAAUGGGGGUUAUUUUUAUUGCACAGCCUCCUGAUAUUAAAAAGCACCUACAUA